AUGUCGAAAGCUCGUCAGCCCGAGAAGCCCGUCUUCUCUGAAACCUCUUCUUACGACCAUUCCUCGUCUGAGGAAAUCGAAUCUGAGCCUGAACCGAUCCGUAAGUCUUCCGCUCCGCCGGCCGCCGCCAAGAAACCAGAAACCCGUUCCGCACAGCCCGCCGAAUCCCACAAAAUGUCCAGAAAAAAAUCAAAAGCGAAAGGCAAGGAAGUUAAGGGGAAGGGGCCCACUGUCGCCAAAAAGUCGAAGAACAGCAAGAAGGCUGAACCCCAAACCCCUGUCGCCUCAAAGCCCGCCCCACCCGACGAGGAUUCUGGAUCCGAAUCCGAAUCGGAAAAGAAUUCCAGAAAAGAAUCCAAAAGGAAAGGCAAGGACAAGACCAGAAAGAGGGCCCUCGAUGCUGAAGGGACGGUGCCCACUGUCACCAAGAAUUUGAAGACCAGCAAGAAGGCUGAACCCGAGGCAUCCGAGAAGAAGGUAUUAUUCCAGAGGAUAUGGAGCGAAUCGGACGAAAUCGCCCUCCUGAACGGAAUUCUGCAGUUUAGGGCCGAGAAUAAAUGCGACCCGUAUGAUAAUAUGGACGCGUUUCGUGCGUACAUCAAGAAGAAUUUGCACUUUGACGUGAGGAGGAACCAGCUGAGGGAUAAGAUGUCUAGGAUGAAAAAAAAAUACACAACCAACAAGAGAAAGGAGCAGGAAGGUAAAGGAAGAAGAUUUACGAGCCAACACGAGCAGGAAGCCUACGAUCUGUCGGAUAAAGUGUGGGGGGCUGAUAAAGAAAAUGCCACUGGCAGUGGGCCUGAGAAAGAAAAGGGGGUCGAAAAAGGCAAUGGCAGUGAGGCUAAGAAAGAAAUGGGGGUCGAAAAAGGCAAUAAUAUUAAGGAUUUAGUGGCAAGUGAGAGGAGGUUUGUGCGGAUGAAGGAAAUGUUGUUUAGUGGUUUAGGCGAGAAUGUUCUAGCUGUUGGGGACCUCAAGCUCGAGGAGGAGGAAAUGGGGGUUAAGGAGGAUAAAGAAGCAUGGAAGAAGCUCCAUAAUGAAGCUAUGGAGGUCGAUGUGAAGCAUUUUGAGCUCAAGACUCAACAGUCGAAGCUUCUUGUGCAGAUCAUGAAGUCCCGGGGCUAUUGA